AUGCGGGUGGAUCUACAGGAAAGAGUUGCAGAUCUUGAAGAGUUUCAGGACCUGCAGGAGAGCGAGGUGUGUCAAGAUAAACUUGCUCUGAGGGUUAAGCAGCUCAAAGCAGAUCUGGUUCUGUUUAAAGGUCUCAUGAGCAACAAUCACUCAGAUUUGGACAGUAAGAUUCAGGAGAAGGCCAUGAAAGUGGACAUGGACAUCUGUCGCAGGAUUGACAUCACGGCUCGUCUGUGUGAUGUAGCCCAACAGAGAAACUGCGAAGACAUGACUCAGAUCUUCCAGCAAGUAGCCACACCACCGUCAACCUUGACCCACCGACCUCAAAAACCAGCAGCACAGACAGUCAGGGGGAACGAGAGCGAUGAACCAGUAAGCAUCUCUGAAAGUGAGGACAGUGGAAAUAAGGAGGUGGAGCUUUGUUGCUCAUCAGCCAAUCAGAUCAAUGAAGAGAUGCAGAGAAUGCUCAACCAGUUACGUGAAUGUGAGUUUGAGGAUGACUGUGACAGUCUUGCGUGGGAAGAGACUGAGGAAACUCUGUUACUCUGGGAAGAUUUUCCAGGAUGCACCUUCAGUGUUGAGAACCAAGGAGAACAGGAGGAGUCUAUAGAGAAAGUAAUAAAGGACACAGAGUCCCUUUUUAAGUCGCGUGAAAAGGAAUAUCAAGACACCAUUGACCAAAUUGAGUUGGAGUUGGCAACUGCUAAGUCGGAUAUGAACAGGCAUUUGCAUGAGUAUAUGGAGAUGUGCAGCAUGAAAAGAGGCCUGGAUGUUCAGAUGGAGACCUGCAGACGAUUAAUCACUCAGAGUGGAGACAGAAAAUCCCCUCUUCUUGUUUCGGUUGCUGUGGACGAGGGAGAGAAUGCAGAGAAGGAGAGGAAAAAAGCAACUGCGGCAGAUUCUGACAGCAAUGAACCAUAUCAUGACUUGCAGUCAAACUCUGCAGUCCCGGACCACACAUGGAAAAAGGCCUAGCAUUUAUAUCCCUCCAGCACCACAGAAAUAGCUGCAAUUAUAAACGUAUGAUGGUUGUCAUUUCAUAACGGAGACUGUGAUGCUGCAGCAAGAAUCCAGAGUAAAUAGGUUAUAGCUACCUUCUGAAAGGCAAGUAACCAUGUGUGGUUUCACUAGUGCCCUCUAUUGGAAUACACCGUCAAUAGUCCAAAGGAUCCAUUAUUUGCACGUCCAGCAUGUAGCAUUAUAUUAAUUCUAGCCAAAGAUAUCAGGCUGGAUGUGAUAUCACUCU